UUUUGGCCCAUUCGUAAAAGAGGAAUAUAUUAGGCCGUGCAACCCAAACAACAACGUAAAACCCUAGGGUUUUUCAAAUUGUCUAGCUUCUCUUUCAUUUCCAGAAGAAAGUGUUAAUUAUUGCGCUCCGUCGAGGGCUUUCUGCAAACUGUACUGAUCGAGCUCAUUUCCCGUUAUGGACGAUGAGACGGAGAACGGUAAGAUUGUCAUGAAUAAGGAGCAACUGCUUUUGUUUAUGGAAAACAGGCGGAAGCAGGAGGAACACCGUCUCGCCCUCGAGAAAGCCACCAGAUCUGAGAUGGUUGACCGGAAGGGGAUGGUUUCAAAGGCCAGCGGUAAGAUAGUCAUGAAUAAUGAUCAUGAUCAGCAGCUUAUGUUUGACGAGGAUCACCGUCUCGCCGUCAAGAAAGCCACCAGAUCUGAGAUGGUUGACCUGGAGCUGGAGGGGAUAGUUUCGAAGGCGAGCUUAAUCAUGAAUAAUGUUCCACGGCCAGCUUUUAACGAGGAACACAUUCUCGCCAUCAAGAACAUCAUAUCUGAGAUUUUGAUGAAGGCGAGCCGCGAUAGAGCUAGUACGACGAAGAAGUUGGUCGAGCAGGAUUCGGCCGCCGGAGAUGGGACUACCCCGAGUAGUGUCUAAGCCGUUUAGGCCCUAUAUAUGAGAUGAAGAUAACUUUUAUCUUAAUUAACAUAUUAUUAUAUCUUACGUUUCCAUUCAUGUCCAACCGUCCAAGUGUUUUGAGUGUAUGAUCCUACUUCUGCAGCUUCAGAAUUAACUUACUCUUGUGAUGUUCCUCAAGUAGUUGUUUCAAGAAAUUGUUGUCUUAAAG